AUGGAUGACUUCCAAGUGAUGGCCGAUCUGGCUAAGAAGCAUCAUUUGAAGCGACUCUACAUUACCCACGAAGAAAACCUCGAACAUCAUCGUCGGUAUGGAGUAGAACCACGACACAAAGCCGAGCAUAGGAAAUGGAUUAGGGGAAUGAUGGACCGAAUUAUGCAGACACUAGAGGUUGCGCCCCUAUUUGAGGAGAUGGAUGUUUAUGAGAUCAAUGGUCACUGUUUGCCCAGUGAGCCGAGAAUCUAUAUUCCAAAACAUCACUAGAGUGGAUCGCAGUAUACUUGGUCAUGGGUUGCUACUAA